GAAAUACAGAAAUGCAAGCUGUGUGCUGUCUUUACUUUAUUUAAAAAAAGUCAUCGUCAGUUAAAUUGAGGAGUGACUUUUUCCGAUUCAGUGAGUGCCAACGUAGCAAGAUAGAUGUGGAAUGGGACUUUGUUACUGAGACCUUUUCAUGGUGCUGUAUUCCCUGUGAACUUCCUCAAUGCAGCUCAACAUGAAUUCUGCUCCCACCUUCAUCAACUUCCCGGCCAAGGGGAAGCCCAAGCGGGGCGACACGUACGAGCUGCAGGUGCGCGGCUUCGCGGCGGAGCAGCUGGCACGCUGGGUGGCCGACAGGACAGACGUCCACAUCCGUGUGAUCAGGCCCCCGAACUACGCGGGGCCGUUGAUGCUGGGCCUGCUGCUGGCUGUCAUCGGGGGCCUCGUGUACCUGCGGGGCAGCAACCUGGACUUCCUCUACAACAAAACUGGCUGGGCUUUUGCUGCUUUGUGUUUUGUGUUAGCAAUGACAUCAGGCCAGAUGUGGAACCACAUUAGAGGCCCCCCCUAUGCUCAUAAGAACCCCCAUACAGGACAAGUGGUGAGUCUUGGCUUUGUUUUCUUUUCUGUAUUUCUGUUGUAUUUCUGUGGAAUAAGGCUGAUACUAAGAGACAAAUCAGAGUGCAAAUUCUCCACUUGGCUUCUUUCUUUGUGAGUGAGUGAGGCUCAC